AUGUGGACAGGGAGCAUCAGUGGCGCCUUGGAUAACUGUAUUGAAGGUGAGGUUAUUGUACAGACUGCGUUGCAGAGGCUUCAUGCACGUUUGAUUGCCUCUCAGCCGGAAUUCACAGAGGAGGACGUUGGGUUCAUGGAGCAUCCUCCACCUGGGGGCUCACCACCGCAAUCACCGACCCAAUCGCCAACACGCUCGGCGCAUGCGUCUUUGCCUCAGUGGGAUGAUCCGCAGAAUGACUGUGGUGAUGCGGAGGUCACUUGCAUUUCUUUUAAUCGGGAUGUACAAUGUGGGCAACAAUCUGGGCUUGCCGUAUGUGGACAGGUGUUGGUGCCACCCACGGCCUCUGUCGUGGAUUUGGACUCUCCCAUUACGUGUCAGCAGUUUUCAGACACUGUGCAGGAUUUUGAUGGGAAAGCGCUCUUACGAAGUAGGAAGGCCGCAGCGGAAACACUGAAGCUCCUUUGUCAUGGAUACGCACUAACUUGGAGGUACACUGGUGGUUUGCCGAAGAUUACGUCGGGCAACCGAAACAAUUCUUCACGUUCCCUGUCGUCUUCAACUCGCGCCACGGGUAGCCGAGGCAAAGGUACCGUGACUGUACCUGCGCAGCGUGCUGCUUCUGACAUCCCAUCGUCUUGUAUUCCACAAUCCAAGCCAAAUGAAAAACUUGUGCGGCUGCUUGACAAAUGCGUGGGCUCUCUUUUGGUGUAUACCAACGAGUCUUUGCCGUUACGCAAUAUGGUAACGUCUAACGUUGCUCUUUUAAAGUUAUUUUGCUUCGUUUGCAUGGAGGCCAGGAAGUCUGAGGUUGCGCCAGGUGGUACGGCGAGUCGUGAUUUCCUCACCGAGCUAAGCCGCUAUAGCUCUUACUGGGAGCUGUUUUCACUGACGAAACCUUUCGUAGGGGCGCUUCAGGAAUGCUACCUGCUAGAAUUCCUUUUAGACGCCGCUCUGCCGCCCGCUGUUUGUUCAACAAAGUACGAAGGUAUGGUGACGGCUCUCUACCAAAAAAAGGGGAGGUUAGUCACUGACAUUUUUUCCGGUCGCCAGGGGCUCGACGCCUUGUUGCAUGAACUUCCCUUGCGUGCGUUAUCAGCCCUUGUCAGCAUGGUUUCGUUUGUGGAGCCGAGGAUGCGUGCCCGCGUACUGGAUAGAAUGGUUGAGGCUGGUUUAAUUUCGUCAAUUCGGGAGGGCAUACAUCGAGUGACCACUGGGGGUGCGCACCUGCCGGUUCAGACGCGGGGUGAAUAUGGGACAGCAUCGUGGAGCUGGGAAGAUAUAAAGCGGGGUGACUCCGCAACUGUGGGGUUCAGUGUGGAUACGGAACCUUCCUCGUUUCUUCUUGAUCACUGUCUCAGCAUAUUGCAGUGGGUAACAGCGCCUGACUUGACAGAGGGGCCUGGUGCCGCCACCAGCUCUAAAGCCAUGGUGCGUUGUACUGCAUGGGUGUCCCACCUGGAAGACAUCCGAGUCAUAUGCCUGUCCCUUCUCCAGUUCUCUGCACGUGUGACUGACAAAAGGGAUGUAUGCCGUCUUCGUUCUGAGUGGGGCCAGGUAGUUGCGUGCGUACAACAAAUUGCUAGCUUUGAUAGCGGUGCCUACAGCGUGGUGGUUGGUGUGCUAAGUGGCGUUCUCGGGAAGUGCUGCUGUGGGGGUUUCGAUGAGGGGAAUAUGUUGUGCGCAGCCCCUCUUCUCCCGGUUAUCGCGGAGUUGUUUAAACUUAAGGAGUACGCUGAGUCAAAUAUGGCUUGCAUGAGUCAGUGGUUUACAUGGCUGGAGAACUCGCUGCCGCCCCAGAUUUUUGAUGUGCCUGCCACCGCGCAGAGCAGGGAUGAAGUCAUCGGUACUAAAACUUCUUCGCCGAUACUCGAGCGAGGGGAAAAGGUGGUUAAGCAAGAGUGGAAUGAAGUAGAGAUUUCACGGAAGCUUCGCCGCGAUGAGGUUGCCUCACUUUCUGCAUAUUUUGACUUCGCAACACGGCUUGUUGCAGAAGCCCCAUGGUGCGGUGAAGAAGAGCAUUUCCUCGGGAGAAUAGUGCUAUUGGCACGGAGCGUAAUGUCGAUAUACUCGCGGCGGCCCAACCUUGUUUUUGGUCAGGCAUCCGCAUGCUACAGCGCCGUGGCAAGUCGAGUGAACACCCCUAUGGCCUUAUCUCCUUCUCCAUCGUUGGGUAUUCCGCAUAGCUUGUGUAGUACCCCUCGGAAUGGGUGCAGCAGUAGUCCGCCUCGUCUGUCCUCUCCGCCACUAGGCAAGAAGAGGCGGCGCACAGAAGCGCAGCUCUCGGCUUCGUCGGCUUCUUUUGUUACAUCGGUUUCUGAUACGGAAGAGAUAUUUAUUCCAAGUCUUCGUCAGUCACAGUUGUUAGCGGUAGCAACCCCACGUACAGAGGAUGAGGGAGUGUGUCGAGAGAGAUAUGAUGAUUCUCCUCCGGAUGUGACGACAGUUUCGUCGUGGAAACAGAAGACGAGGCACUGCGCGUUGGUUGUAACCACCGAAAGUUUUUCCCUUGAGUGA